AUGGCCGUGACGGUGAGAGACAAGCUACACCAAGCUCGGCAUGGAAUCCGCAGUGGAGAGUUCAAUGGAUCGAUGACGCUCGUCCUUAAGAUCUGCGUUUUUGACUACCCAUGCGGCGACGUUGAUUCGAUGGUGGAGACUCACCGGGAAGAGUAUACACCCUUGCUCAGCGUCGAACUGACUUGCCAACAGCAUUUCGCGUCAACUUACACCAAAGAUACAUCACUGGCAGGACCAAGAAAUCCACCUUUUAUGAAGGCAAGAAGACCAAUGAUAUGCUGCUGGUACGACUUCGAACGAUUGAGCGGCAUGGCUGACUUGUACGGGCACAAGUAUAUCAACUGGCAUGCAAUGGAUUUCUGGCAAGACAUGGCAGAAAAUUUACCUCCACCCAUUGAUGGCCUAGAUGUAUUUGGUGGAUUGAACGAUGUGGAAACGUUUAAGUACCUCGCCGAGAACCCAACCGUGAUACUGCAGGAUUUAAACUACAUCGGCGAUGGUCGUUCAACUCUCGAACCCACUCUAAACGCUACCCUCGCAGGCUUCUUCAAGACGGACAGUGAACAAUACUUAGGAUCGCCUUUGGCACUACCGAAACCAAAAUCAUGGCCAUUCAAGGAAUCGUCACAAUUCAGUCUUCUGUUCGAGAAAGCCCGAAGCACCUUCCGUGACAAUAUAUACAGCGGUGGUAUAUCAGUGCUGCCUCAGACAUACUUUUCACCAGCAAGCGAGUCUGACACGGACGCGCCAUUUAUCGGGGACUCCAGCUCUCCAGUUGAACCAACCACCCCCAAGCCACUGGUUGCCACCGUCGGAACAGACGCCGCCGAAAAUGUGACGCUACCGGAUACUUGGACAGGGACUCAGGCAACAACACAAGACUAUCCCACAGUACCAUCCGGAUCCCUACUCCCAGGCAACGAAGCGGAAGCGGACGCGUCUGCGUUCAUCGGGGAAUCUCAGCCACCAGCCGAACCCGAGUCGGCCACAACUCCAGCGCUAGUUGGAGCUGCCGCCACUGCCACCGCCGUCACCGACUCUGCAGUGGAUCACGAACAUGGGCCGAAUCCUGCGGCUAUCGGCGAGCAGACUUUACUUCCUGUCAUCUCAGCCGUUACCGGGCUCCCUGAUGACAUCUCACCGCUACACUACUUGACUGUCUAUCCACCGCCGCCAGACUACAAGAAUAUGGGUUUACCUGUCUGCACCCCAGUACCACCCGUCCUGCUGCACCCUACUGUCCCUCCACCAGACUAUAAAGCAGUCGCUACCAUGAACUUCCCUGUCUGGUUUUGCCCUUCUCUUCCCCACUACACUAUGCCCUACAACGGUGGCCACUAUCAACCGUCGGCCACGGCCACGGACAUGGUUGCCAAUGCGGCAACGAACGACUCGCAAGGAGGCCCUCCGCCAUCUGUCACGCAACAUGCAAGUGAAUCGGCUGUGGCACGUCUGGGAAAUACUACCCAAGGUAGACACCGCCCUCGUCGACCUGCUGUUCCUGCCGCACGUAGGCGUUCUCGACGCCAGGUCAAUCAAUCAAACCCAUACCCACCUUCGGGGUACGUGCCAGUUGAUGAUGCCUCCACUACGGCCCGACCCGCUAAAACGGUGGGCAAUCCAUACCCCUCGUCAUCUGGCUACGUCGAGGAAGGACACUCCUUGGCUCCCCCUGUCGCCCCUGUCAAAGCCAAAGCGCCGCGCCGCCGCGCCCGCAUGCCGUCUCGCGCCACCCGGGAGCCUCGUCGUGCGGCCCACAGCUCUGCGUCCUCGUCUGCGUCCUCAUCCCAAGACGGAGAUCAAGUCGAUGACGAUUACGAAGGGUCCACCACGGUUGGCAAAAAGCGCAAGGCCUCCUCAAAGGGCAAGGAACCGGAACGCGCGGUUCAGCACAAAUACCCGCACCCGAAAGUCCGCGGAGGUUUUACCCUCAUCACGAAGACGCCUAAAAUGUUCAUUGAAAAAGACAAAGGAAUAGUCGAGGAAGUAGCCGCGCCAGCUGGGCCCUACCAAAUCCGGUUCCUUUGA